UAAUCUUUUUUACUGAAACGUCGAGGGUGACAGACCAACCGGGUGUGCAUAGUGGCUUCUCAAGCUCAACAAAUUCUGUUUUCUUCAAACAAUUCUACACCUGUGUUGUGAUUAUCUCGGAAAAAUUGCAGAAAUAAUUAUUUUUAAAACAGUGGAAGUACCUACAUAACCAACACUCACCAUGGGGAACGUGUUUGGAACGUUAUUUAAAGGCCUCUUCGGUAAGAAGGAAAUGAGAAUUUUGAUGGUUGGUCUUGAUGCUGCUGGUAAAACUACUAUUCUAUACAAAUUGAAAUUAGGUGAAAUUGUCACAACGAUUCCCACAAUAGGCUUCAAUGUAGAGACAGUUGAAUAUAAGAAUAUUAGCUUUACGGUGUGGGAUGUCGGUGGCCAAGACAAAAUUAGACCGCUCUGGCGACAUUACUUCCAAAAUACACAGGGAUUAAUAUUCGUAGUCGACAGUAAUGACAGAGAACGUAUUGGAGAAGCUCGUGAGGAGCUGAUGCGAAUGCUGGCGGAAGAUGAACUCAGGGAUGCGGUAUUACUUAUAUUCGCUAACAAACAAGACCUCCCGAAUGCAAUGAACGCGGCAGAAAUCACCGAUAAAUUGGGUCUUCAUUCGUUGCGUAAUCGUAACUGGUAUAUCCAAGCAACGUGUGCCACAAGUGGAGAUGGAUUAUAUGAAGGUCUCGAUUGGCUCUCCAAUCAGCUAAAGAACGCCAACCGCUAAUCCAAACGUUAUCUUGUCAACAUUCAGUUGCUAUUUUAACAUCAUUUAAGAAAAAAAAACAAAAAAAGAACUACACACCUAUCCCCCCAUCAACGAAUAAUUAACAAACGAAAAACCAACCAACACUUUGUACUAGCAGCCUCACAAGUUUCGACUGGAGGGUGGAAAAUAUCAUCAAGGCAUUUGGAUGUGACAUCACAGAGUUUUUGGUGGACAAGAAUGGCAAAAGAGCUGGUGGAAAGGGCGAGAACAAAAAUUUAAGAAAGAAUGAAAUGAAAUAAAAAGCUUAAAAAAAAAGAAAUAACAAGAUCACACGAGAUGAGGGGUAUAGGUGAGGGGAACGGGGGGUCAGAGUGGCUGCGAUUACGCGCCGGCCAAACAGAACUAUUGCCUCGUGCAAAUGAUUAAUUAUUAUUAAUUAUUAUUAUUAUUAUAAUUAUUAUUAUAUUAUUAGCAUUAUAGUUACACUUUUUACACAGAGAUAACAGUGAACAGAUGUGGAGAACUUGAUGAUAAUUGUAUUAAAGUAUACCUAAAUCUGAAACAUAUAUUACAAAUUAAUUAAUUACUUGUUUAAUUAAUUAAUCAACUAACUGAAAUAUAUACAAUAGAUGAUGAAGAUGAUGAUAUAGAUACAUGAAUACAAACCUAUAGAUACAUAUAUACCGUUGGUGAUGUCAGUUUGAAUGCGCUGGACAUUGACACGAUGAAUAUUCUAAUAAUGUAAGUUACACGAUUGUUCAUCGCAUUAUAUAAAUAACGAAUUAUUAAUAAUUAUAUAUUGCUCUGUCCACUACAUUUCAAACAUCGACCUAUCCACGGUUUAAUAUCAUUAGGGACUCUACAAACUUACUACUCAAUCUCGACUGACUUACAAAACCUCUAUAAACAUUGGGGCGUUGGGACGAAGCCAUGCCUGAUGGAUGGUCCUUGCGUGUCAUACUUCCACAACGUCUAAUGCGAGUACCCUUUGCAUCGUUCUAAAUGAAUUAUUGUUUCUUAUUUUUUAUUUCGUUCAUCAUCGAUGGCGUUGAUAUCAAUCCAGACUAUUUACCUAGUAUACCUGUAUACAUGCACACACAUGUAUAGUUUGCGCAGACUAGAAUUUUGACUCGAAUAGAUAAAUGAAAAGUAAAAUUAGGGUUAUUAGAUAGAUAUACAUAUAUACAUAUGGUGUAUACUUUAUGUGUAUAUUUUAUAUAUAUACAUGUAUUUUAUAUACGAAAGUUGGUUUACUAGCUAGUGGGCUGUUUCAGGGGCGUUACACCCUCCCGCCCCUGUUAUAAAAUUGCGCAUACAAAUUGAGGUAUAUGAUAAAUCUACUCAACGCUUGGGAAGAGCAUAGAAGAAUCAUGCGAGCACGACGGUAUGAGAAUAUUAAGUUUAAAAAUUAAUGUGUAAGAGAAGCCGAAGCAAAAGCAGCGCACCCGAUAGCCAGCCGACCAUGUAUAUCUGAGUGUAAAAGAAGAAUCAUUUAUUUAUUGCACCUUCAUAAGGUAUAUACUUAUAUGAAAGAAAGAUGAGAAAACCAGACAAAAAAUUUUAAGAAAUGAAACAAACAAACAUACAAAUAAACCUAGAGAGUAAUAUCAACAUUCCGAAAUUAUGCCACCAAAUGCAAAUGAUGAUGAUGAUCGUCAUCAUCAUCAUGAAUAGUAGUGAAGAACUUUAAAAGAUGUGGUCGUGAUGCAAAGUAAAUAUCAAAUUGAUAUGAUACGAUUGACUAUUAUGGUAAUACAAGGAAAAGUGAGGAACGCCAGACUGGAAAAUAGCGGCUAGAAAAUAGGACUAAAGUUGGAGGAAAAUUUAUUCUUUGUUCUCUACGAGGGAGAUCAUUUUAACUCCUUGCAAGUGUCACACGAGUAUUACAAAGAGAAAUAAUGAUAAAAUAAAAACAAACAAAUGCAUAUUCAUAUACGAUAUACAUACCUGUAACGUACCAGCAUUUUUUUAGCUGGAACUGGCGGUCGGCCGAAAAAUUUCUUAAGCCAUUUUUAUCGUCCUAUCAUGUCCCUAUUCGUGUCCUUGCAUUUCAUUUCAUGUUAAAGGAAUGAUAAUGUUUUUAUAAUUAACUCUUUAUUAAAUUCGCUAAAAAAAAAAAACAACUAAGAAACACGUUAAUUAAUAAACAUUGAUAUACCGAGGACGAUGAUAAUAUGAGCCUUUCCGUCAUGUGCGACAAUUCGUAUUAUUAUGUAUGAAUGUUUAACGAUUUGUGAAAUAUACUGUAAUUGUGCUUUAUAUAGUCUAUGUGUUAUUCGCCAUUGGAGCUUUAUUCGUUUAAUUUUGCUGCAGGCUGAUAUCAAAGUUUUCUUCAAUAAAAUGUUUUCAUUUUCCACAGA